UUCCGGUCCAAUUUGGGGAUCAUUUGCGGUCCUGGGAUCAUUUGCGGACCCGUACAGUACGGCCCGCUACAUUGACCAAGCACAGAGCGCGUAGUAACUGAGAGAUAUAAUAAUAAGCGUUACGGACUUGGUAUGAAACACGGACUCAGGUAUAAAACGCGGACUGCCGACUAAAUGCGGCCUACCGACUGCGAACUGGGUAUAAAACACGGAAAAAGGUACAAAAUACCGAUUUUCUUGCCAAGUGACCACGUAUUUUCGCGCCAUAAAUGAAAUUUGGUAAACUGCGCAUGUGCUAUCACGCCAAGAUGGCCGGCGUUGAAGGAAAGGGUUGCGAUUGUUUGACAUAUUAAUUCUUCUUUUCUAACAGACAGAGUUUCAAUUUCCAAGAUAGCAAAAUUAUGAUAGUACAGUAUAAAGUGCCUUACUGGCUGUUGUUAUGUUCACGGGCCGGGAAAGCAAUGGACAAUGACAUCUGUUAAUCGCGACAGCAAUCACGUGGUACAUGGAAAAGACCUUUUACACUUUGACUGUAAAGAUUCAUAAAGACAGGUUCGUCAUUUUAAGGAUUUGAGUUUUUAUUUAACGUUAAGCACCUAUAGGAAAAUUCUACAGUUCAGUUUGAGUCUAAACUGGCUAGCAUCACGGACACGCGAAUACACAUGUAUUCAUAAAGGAUAGUUAUUUGAACGCCCGGGUUCAUGGAUUGUUUUUGCUCAUGAAAAUGUUUGUUUUUAGAAAGGCAGUGAUCCAGACGAAAAAGUUGAAAUUCAAUUAGAGAAUGAGGAACUAAUUGUUCAGUAGCCGCGGACGAAAACAAACAGUUGGGAUCACAAAUAAGGCUCCGAGAAAGAUCAAAACCGCGUUAAGUAACUUGAUGACGUUGUAAGAACUAGAUUGUGACACAAAAAAAAUUGCUGAAAGCACAGGUACCGACAAGCUGGCUAUUAAAGGGAGGCAAAAUAUUUCGCUUUCACCAUGAAAAUAUUUUCUGUCAACACCAAGCCAGAGCAACAAGCAAUUGUUUAGAAACACGGCAUCACGAGAGCAAAGCAAAGCAACGAUUUUCAACCGAGUUUUGUUGUGUUGGGAAAUAAUAGUCCUUUAAAUACUCACCGCUUCAUUGCCUCUAAGAGAGCGCCAUAUAGCAGGGUCACGUGAAUAAUUUAUCCACUCCAUAUAUGGUUAAAUAGAAGACGUAAAAACUGGCUGGUAGAAGUGAAAGGUUGACUGGCGAAUACGGGUACCUCUCUUUGUAUUUCUACCGAACAUUUUUUUGUUGUUUGUAAAUUGUGACACGGAUAUCUGAGGAGUUUGCUGGUUCUCGGGUUCGUUGUCAAGAAGACGAAGAAUGAAUUUUCGGCGGGCAGCUUCUGUGAGUUAAAAGCGGAACCCCGGUGAAAGAUCUACCAUGAAUUCAGCCACUGGCAAUGUAAAGAGGAUUUCAAAAGAAGUUACAAGCACGACCGAGCGGUAUGAGUAGACUGAAAUGGUGCUUUCGAAACCAGAUUGCGGGAUUUUAAGAGAAUGUUUCGUUCUCUUCAAAAUAUUUUGCCAAGAAGAGUGAUUCCCCCUCCUAUUUGGCUGGUCGUUUUUUUCGUCAUGUGCGCCAUCUUUAUUUUCACAAGAAACGACAAUUUGGAAGCAAUGUGUCUACGAAACCGGCAGCUUCAAAGUUCGGCGACCACGGACGAGUUAAAAACGUACAUUUCUGAUGAAUGCGGAGAUCAAGAUUUCACCAGGGACACAAACAACUCGGAAACUAAUGUUAAACAAGACAAAAAUUGUUCCAAAUUGCACGACGAAAUCACCUCAUUACGGAAAAAGCUAGAGAUGUACGAGAGACUGAACAAAUUUAUGGAACUUGAUUCGUUAGCUAGUAAAUAUGGCAGUAAAAUGCGACAAAACAUCCUCAUUAUUUCGGAUACUGCGUCUGGGAGCGCUUUUCUCGGAGAACUACUAAAUCAACAUCUUCAAGUGUUUUAUCUUUACGAACCUUUACAAUCUCUGGAUUACUAUCGAGACAAUCGUCCCGAGAGCGUUUACGACACGAUGGUAACCCAUCUGUUAAACGGCAUCUUUCAUUGCAACUUCAUGGAGCUUUCGUAUUACACGGAUUUUUUAUCGUUUCAGUACAGCUCGCUGCGACAUCGCCUCUCAAGCCGGGCUCUGUCUUCACCGCCUUUAUGCCCUGAGAACUACAACACUCCGCAUUAUAGCAUUCGUAAAUGUACGCCACUAAGGCCACAAUCAGCCUCGGCGAUUUGCCGGUUACACAAACACACGGUAGUCAAAACAAUUCGCGUGAAAUCUAUUCAUAAACUAUCUUAUCUCAUGGACAACGAGGGCCCCGCGGACUACUCACUCAAAGUAGUUCAUUUAGUGCGAGACCCACGCGCGGUUUUAAACACGCGCGUUCUGCACGAUUCCCAUGAAAACUGGACGGUAAAAUCGGUGCGUGAUCACGCGCAAUCGUUAUGCCGUGAUAUGCUGCGCAACAUCAAGUACGCGGUCAGCGCACCGGCUUGGCUGCGUGGGCGUUACACGUUGCUAAGAUACGAAGACUUGGCGACCAAUCCGCAUCAGAUCGCCGAGCAACUGUACCAGUUUGUAGGAAUCAGCAUCGCACAAAACGUUCGAGUGUGGAUUGACCGCACUCUGCACGAAGGAUUUGUCUCCCCUUCUUUUGCAAACUCCAUUUAUCGUCAGUAUACUUACAGCGCGGAGAAUCUGACUGAUUCUGUUCAAACGUGGCGUACCCAGGUGCCUUACUCAAUUGUACGCUUGAUCGAAACUGAAUGCUACGAAGUCAUGAAUCUACUCGGCUACAAAAUUGUUGAAGACGAGGACGAGUUGAGGAUGGUCUCCUUUCCACUGACAGAUUAAUUCUUUAUCUCAUGCUAGUACUUGGUCAUUCACGAAAAAAGCAAAAAUGCCAAAGCUAUUACAGAGAACAACAAACGCAAAAAAACAUUAGUUCUUUGAGGCUAGACAGAACUACUUAAAGGAGCUACGUCAAGGUUUACGCAUCUUAAACAGUUUAGCCUAAAUGUUUCAAGUUCCACUGCGCGAAAAGCCAAAUAUUCGGGCCCGAAUUCGCUCCAAUACGGAUCGGCGCACGCCGCGUAUGCCGCAAUGUUCUGACGUAUUCGAUUACGGCUGACUCGAAAUACACCUGGAAUAUUCUAUAGGAAUCCGGCCUGUUUUUCCGUAUUCAAAUUUAAUACUCUUGAAUGACUCGAAGUGUUCGAUAAAUCAUACGGGCCACGUUUUGGUAGAUUAAUGUUGCAUUAGAUGUUCUUCGAAGAUAUAGCAAUCAUUUAUGACUCGAACAUUUUCGAAUACUCUCAGUUGUUCGAGAGUUUGCGACUGGAACAAGAGAUGCACGACGCCACUUCUGACCUGAACGUCUUCGAAUACUAAUGAACACGUCAAGUAUGCUCUAAUUUUCGAGAAUCGCACGCUAUGAAUACGAAAGUUAUGUCACAUUUUUCACAGCCAAAGAUGUCUCGCGUCGUCAAGAACGGAUUUUAUGCAGGUAAUAUACGCUGCCGCGUAGUUCAGUCAGACAACACGCUAGUGUUCCGAAGCGUGCGACUGGAACACGAGACUCAUGCUAAGUAUGAAACGUGUUCAUGUUUGAAUACUGAGGCAUACGUGAGGUUUUAAGGCAUUCUAAACUAAUUAAAGGAAGCCUGAAAAUAGUAGUUUACUAGGAUAGAAAAACACCAAGGAGAUAAUAAUAAACCA